AUGUCCGACACUUGUAUUGUGUGCUUAGGAGACCUUGGCGAAAGCGCCAGCGAUCCUCUUGCCGUCGCAGCGCCAAGACCUGACCUUGAACCCGAUGGCAAGGCGCCUAGUACUUCUGCCAAACCAGAAGAACUCGACGGCAAUGAUGAAAGUAUUGGUCUUAUCGCCCAGUUGUUACCAUGCGGCCAUAUCCUGCACAACGACUGUCUGAAACCCUGGGUCGAACGGGCUAAUAGUUGUCCGAUAUGCCGCCGUACUUUCAAUGUAGUGGAGCUGAGUGAUCGAGUCGGAGGCCCCGUUCUUUCUUCCUAUGGCGUGCAAGACCGCGUUCAGGUCGCAGAUGUCGACCCGUCCAUGGUGGUCGAAUAUAUAGACGAUGACCUCUCGGAUUCUCAACCUUGUACUAUUUGCGGGAAUGCCGACCAUGAGGAGCAGCUACUUCUCUGUGAUGGUUGCGAUGUCCCGACACAUACGUACUGUAUUGGUCUUGAUGAGGUGCCAGCGGGAUCCUGGUAUUGCUCCCGAUGUGAGACCCAACGUCCCAUCGGACUGUCUUCUGAUGCGCCUGAUAGACCGUCACUGGCUCAAAACCGACGGCGCCACCGCACCAGGGCACAGCAGCGGAGGGUUCAGAGUAGGAAUCAGAUCAAUUCCCUCCACUGGGCCCGUGUAUGGCAGUCAGUAUGGGACCACCUCAACAUAGACCUAGACUUCCCCUUCGAUGAUGAUAGGGCUGUCGAGCGUGUGUUGCAACAACAGCGCCGAGAGCAAGCUCAUCAGAGAGAAUUUCGUACUUGGCAACGUCGCUUCGAAGUCGCAGAGCGACAGGGCGGAAGCAACCGAUUCCGGGAUACCGCUGCCUUGCUUGACAUCGAGGCUCCUCGGCCAUCGCGCCCUCGAGUUCCUAGGGAACCAACCCCUGAGCCAGAGUCUCUGGAAGAAAUGAGAGCGUGGAACGCCUUUGAACGUGCUCGAGAGAUUGAGAACAACCCGACCGCAGCCAGGAAACGAAAGGAGCCUACAAUGUCUCCUUCUCCAGAACCAACUGAACCGGCGCGAAAAUUAAAACGACCGCGCACCCGCAGAGCCCAGGACCUUGCAGCCCUGGCUGUGCAAAAUGGCGAAUCCUCAAGGACCGCCAGUGCUCAAGCAUCUGCUCGGAUUAACGCCGACGCCUCGAGUGAACCGAGCUUCCUGCAGUCUCUUUUAAAGGAAGUCGAGGAUGCGUCAACGCCACCUAGUGUGAACUCGUACGGUCCCUCGGCUCCGGUCUCUGCCGAACAUAGCACUCCCGGGCCUUCAUCACCCUCACUCUCACCCGCACCCUCCAACCAGUCUUCUCCUCAUUUAUCCUCCUCCACCCCGCUCCCGAAUAUCGGAAGUAGGCCAAUCUCUCCAAUCCAACUCACAUCACCUAAUGAAAAGACACCACCUCUUUUUUCCCCGGAAGUCUCACCGACCAACUCCCAGAAAGAAAAUACGGAGGAGUCACCGUCGCGUCCUCCUCGAGCCCGCCGGGUGCCCCGGGCCGCACAUAUAAGCAGAACAGCACGUUCUAAUGAAAACUCGCCAACCCGACCAGGCCUAUCGCUGGCGGUAAAAUCCGACAUCCAGAAACUCGUCGGAGCUGCCCUGAAACCGUACUACCGGUCAAAGAUUGUUUCCAAAGAGGAGUACACCGACAUCAAUAGAAGUAUUUCUCGGAAGCUGUACGAAAGUGCGCUGGGAUUGGAAACGUUACAACAACCCUUGAGGACACAAUUGGAAACUAUGGCCAAAGAGGAAGUGCAGAGCGCGAUUGACGCUCUGAAACAAAGUAGAGGGAAGGUUAGCGGGUCUUCUGACGAUAGUUCAUGA